UAUAUAAUUAGAUUUAUUUAUUUUAUGAAUAUGGAAGGCAAUAUUUCUCCAAAUCUUCAAAAGUGGAUAAAAAAAUGUUUAAAAAGAGAAUUUGAAAAUAAUAUACAAAGAUCAUUAAAAGAAGAUACAAAUAAUGUUAAUAUAGCUCAAAAUAUUAUACGUUCAAAGGAAAUGUCCAUUUUAGUAAAUUCUAUGAAAGCUACAAUUCUUGAACAAUCUGCUUCGAGAUCUGAAUCAACUAUAAUUUCUGAUUCUCGACCUCAAUCGUCCUUUUCUUGCAUCAGUGAUCAAACAAGUGAAGAUUGGAAUUCUCCAUUAAAUAAUGAUGAAUAUUAUAAUGUUAUUCUUGAUAAAAUUAAUCAAGAUAAACCUAUUCAUGUUAGAUUAGCUGGUUAUGAAAUUUUAUUAAAAAGUGAACUUUCAAAUUUAAAUAAUAAUCCUAUAUGGGAUUCACUUCAAGAAGCUUUAUUAAAAGGUCUUGUAGACGAAAGUAAACCUAUUUUUGAAGCUAGUUUACAAGUACAUGCAAAAUUGAUCACUUGUUUACAAUCAUACGAUGUAUAUAUCAAUUUGUUAAAUGCCUUUGAUUUUCAAUAUGAUUCACAAAAGACAUUUGAGAUUUUACCUACACUAAUUUCUGGAAUUAAUUUUAAAUUUUUUUUACAUGAAAGAGUAUUUCGUAUCAUACAUUUAAUAAUUCAUUAUCAUGAAGAAAAACUGAAAAAUAUAAGAAGUCCUGAUAAAACUAUAGAAGAAUUAAUAGAACAAUUUAUUACAUUUUUGAGUACACAUGUAUCUGGAAAUAUAAUGCAGCAAAAAACAUUAAAUAUACUGAAUAUUAUUUCUGUAUUAGAACCAUGUGCUGAUUGGAGUAAAAAAUGGAUUGUAAAUCUUGCUACUAGAAAAAUAUUUUUAACUGCUUUAGGAAAAUCACCAAAUUUAUUACAACAAGUAAUGCAUUAUGUACAAAAAGGAUUAGGAGAGCCUCCUCAUUCUAUAGCAAUUUCUAUUUAUGAUGAUCCAAUGGAAGUUAUUAUUAAUGGAAAUACAAUAGAAACAGUAACUUAUCUUCACUGUUUAUGUUUUGUGUCUCAACUUUGUGCUUAUGAAGCAGGUCGUGAACUUUUAAUAGAAAAUAUUUUAAUCAUUCCAUUUUCAGUUUCUAAAUUUUUAAGUGCUUCUUUGAGAGCUCUAAAUAAAUUAUCUGUAGAAACAGUAAGUGGUGUAUAUAAUGUUUCUUGUUUUGCUUUACAAUUUAUUUUAGAUAAACCAACAAUAUUGUAUGAUUAUGAAUUUUAUCAUAUUGCAUUGUGUCAUUUAUCAUCUUUUUCUGAAAAUAAUAUUAAAAUAUGGCCACAUACAUUAAAAAUUAUUCUUCAUAUGUUAGACACAAUAGAUGGUUCUUUAUUUCUUAUCUCAGAAUGCAAGGAACAUACAGUAAAUUUUGAAAAAAGUAUAUCAAAAUGUCCAGCUAUGUUUAUUAUAAUAAUAGCCUCAAAUAUGUUAAGACAACCUUUAUCUUUAAUAAAUAUGGAAUAUCUUUUUGAAUUAUUUGAUGUAAUACAAAAGUUAUUUGAUAUAUUUGAUGCAUAUGAAACAAUACAAUAUAAAAUAGAAAAAGAAUUUUAUCCUGCUGUGUCAUAUUUUUAUAAGAAAUUAGAUAAAUCUUAUUUUGAAAAUGAAAAUAAAGCUCAACAGAUAAAUAGUGCAGUUAAUACAUUAUUGAUUAAAAUGGUAUCUAUUCCAUUUGGAUUGAAAGCUCUUGUUCAAGAAUCAUCAGUAUUUCAAGAAUUAAUUGAAGGAUCUAUUGCACCUUUAAGAAUGUCUUGGACAUCAAUUGAAGUAGUUAAUUUUGUAUCAUCUGCUGCUUUUUUUCACUUGGGAUAUGAUGUAAUUGCUAAUUUGGCACCCCAUGUUUUGUCUAACUUACUUUCAGAGACAUGUAAAGUAUUACAGGAUCCACAUUAUUUUCAUGACCCAUGGGAUCAUGAAAAUAUUCAAAAAUUUUUACAUAUAUUAAGUAUUUUUUCUCUUAAUUUUAAAUGUUUUUGCGCAUUUAUGUCAAAUGUAAAAGAAUCAUACAAUAAUGAAGAACAUAAUUAUCCACUUAAUUUAUUACAAUUAUUUAAUAAUUUAAUAAAUCCUGAAUCAAAUUAUCAUUACUUAGGACUUUUAUCAUUAAAUAUUGUAAUUUGGAAUUUAAAUAUUUGUUUAUAUUUAUUAGAAUUAUUAAAUUUUCAGAAUAUUUUGUUAGAAUUUCAAAAUUUUGAUACAAAAGAAAUUAUAAAUGAAGAAAUAGAUACUAGAUAUAUUGAUAAUUAUACAUUAAUACGACAUAAAAUUAUAUCUAAAACAUAUUUUAUUAAAAGUAAAGACGAAGAAGAAACUUUUAAAUUAGAAGAAUAUGAUUUACCAAAACUACCUCCUCUGAAAUUAAACAAAGAAAAUUCAUCCACAGAAACUGAGUAUGAUACUGAAUUAGAAAUUUUACUUCGAGAAAAUAAAUCAGUAUUAUUAGAUAUUAAUUGGGUUGAACAAAUUAGAGAAGCAUAUAUAAUAUCAUUAGAUCCAAUAAAAAAUACAGUAUUAAUUCAACUUGUGGAUCAGAUGCAAAAAGCAAUUCCUACUGCAGAAUGGGGAGAAAAUUUUCAAUGGAAAGAAAAUAUAUCAUCAAAUACAGAUUUUUGGUUUGCAGAAGAAAUACAUGGGAUUAAUUUAGCUUUGUAUUACGCAGAACAAAAUGAUAUUUUAGAAAACACAAUUGAAAUGAAAGAAAAAUUAAAAAAAUUUAUAAAUGAAUGUCAUGCAUUUAUACAUUACGAAAGACCAACAAAAUUUGAUGGUUUUGAUUGGUUUCUAUCUACAGUAUUUAUCAUUUGUAAAGGAGAUAUGAACAGAUGUAAAAUGUUUAUUACACAAUUAAUUCAUUUCCCGGUAAUUCCCUUUUUGUGGACUAAUUUUGGUAAAGUUAUAGAUAAGUAUACUAAACAAGAAUGUGCCACUCAAUAUAUAUUUAUGCAAUUUUUAGAAAGUAUUAUUAGCAAUGAACUUCCACAUAUUAAAUUUGCACUCAAGAAUAGUUCUGGAGUGGAUUGGUCCUUAAUAUGUAAUUUAAUGAUAUCUCAAUGCUUUUGGGGUUUACUUCCAUGGCCUCAAAUUAUGCAUUUUUUUACAAUUUGUGUUUUAUUUUCUCCUGAUUACAUAAUAUACUAUUGUACGUCACUUCUAUAUCAUUGUCAAUUUCGAAUAAUGGAAAAUAUAACAAGUGGAAAAUUAUGGCCAGAAAAUAUGGUUUUGGAUGAUUAUCAAUGUCAUAAUUAUAUUAGAUUUAUGGAUUCAUUAGAUAAAAGAUAUAGUAAUAAAAUUUUACCUAAUUUUUUAAUUAAAGGAUUCAACUAA